UCUUCUCCAGUGGAAGAAAGAAUCUGACCAUAUGCUUAACACAAUAAACCGGCCAGCAUGCGUGAAAAUCUACACACCGUAUAUACAUACACCUAUACAUAUACACAUGUACCUCAUGAACAAACUAGCAAGCCAGUGUAGUAGCAAAAUGACUCCCAGUAAGCAUCAUCUCUAUGUCCUCCUGCGCCUGCUCCUGCUCAUAUGCUCCUACUCCACCAUCGAUGCUGCAUCGGUAGCCAAGCAGAACACCACUGUCCUUUGCCUACCAGAUCAAGCUUCUUCCCUCCUCCAGCUAAAACGCUCACUCAUCGACUUCGAUGAAAACCUGGCGUCAUGGCGAGCUGGAAGUGACUGUUGCCACUGGAAGGGCAUCACCUGUGACAUGGCUUCCGGCAGAGUCAUUUCCCUAGACCUCGGUGGGUUUCACAUGCAGGGCCGUCGUCUUGACCCUGCACUCUUCAACCUCACCUCCCUGAGAAAUCUCAGCCUUGCUUUCAUUGACUUUCGUCGGGCUCAGCUCCCAUUGUAUGGGUUUGAGCGGCUCACGAAUAUGAUCCACCUCAACUUCUCUGAAACAUUAUUUCUGGGCCAGAUCCUAAUUGGAAUUGCCCGCCUCAAGAACCUUGUCACCCUGGAUUUUUCUAGAAAUUAUGUGGGGUUGUAUCUGCAAGAGCCAAGCUUUGAGACCUUCAUGGCAAACCUAAGCAACCUGAGGGAGCUCCGUCUUGAUCAAGUGGACAUCUCCGACGGUGGAUCUACUUGGUCAGGUGUUUUAGCGAACUCUGCUCCUCAACUACAUAUUCUUAGCUUGUAUGGUCGUGGUAUAUCUGGUCCUAUCCACCCUUCCUUCUCAAGGCUUCGAUUACUAAGGGAGAUCGAUCUUGAAUACAAUGAGCUCACCGGCAAGGUUCCUGAGUUCUUUGCUGAGUUUUCUUCCUUGAGCAUUCUUAAAAUAUCAGGGACUUUUUCUGAAGGGCAAUUUCCAGCAAAAAUCUUCCAGAUGAAAAGCUUGAGGACGCUAAGUUUGUCGUCGAACCCCAGUCUUUUUGUGUGCUUACCAGAUUUUCCAGUUGGAAGUAAUUUGGAAACCUUAAGUCUAGAUGGGAGCAAUUUAGCAUGUGGUAUACCACCCGCAUUUAUUAAUCUCAAGUAUUUGAAGAUGUUGAGCAUUAGCACGAUUGGUGUUUCUAAUAAGCUCUCUUUGAUACAUAAGCUUCCAUCAUUGAGUACACUAUGGCUCUAUGGACAGGACUUGGAGACUCCAACAUUGUCUUGGAUUGGCAAUCUUAGCACACUGACAUCUUUGGUUCUAUGGGGCUAUGACUUCUCUCAGUUGGCACCUUCUUGGAUUGGCAAUCUGAAGAGUUUGACCAGUUUGUUCAUCAUGUACUGCAAUUUUUCCGGACCAAUCCCACACCAAAUUGGCAAUCUUACAAAUUUGGCAGAAUUGAAGUCCCUUGAUUGCAGCUAUAAUGAGCAGCCACUUCCUUCGUGGAUCGGAAAUCUUACAGAAUUGACAGCGUUGAUGCUCUCCGGUUGCAAUCUCUCUGGACCGAUUCCCUCUACACUCGGGAACUUAAUGCAACUUCGGUCCCUGCAAAUAGUGGACAGCAACCUUUCAGGCGAAAUUCCAAAAUGGUUGUUCGCUCUUCCGGCAUUGCAAUUCCUUGGGCUAUCUUCAAAUAAACUCUCUGGUCCUCUCAAAGACUUUCCUGCCCAAUUAUCUUCCCGCAUGUCUGGUAUUCGAUUGUCGAUGAACCAACUAACUGGCCCAUACCCAAAUCAUUCUUUCAACUUAAACAUCUUAAAUAUCUGGAACUCGACUCAAAUAGAUUGUCAGGCACACUUGAACUUAGCUCUUUUUGGAGCAUGAUGAGUCUCUUUUCUCUAGAUUUGUCGAAGAACAUGAUCAGUCAUGGACAAAGAGGGUGAUAAUGUAUCACCUUCUCUCUCUAAUAUCAACAGCUUAUAUCUUUCGUCC